GUUGUAAUGAGGAAGCCGCCGCUUUAGUUUCUUCUUAUGAGGGCUGUGAAGAGGGCCAGAACACUACAUUUGGGAUACUACAGCCAUUUUGCCUUAGAUAACUGGCAUUACCUGAGGGACUUCAGGGGUCUUGGAAAUUUUCCACUCAUAUUCCAUUUUCACGAAAGAAUUUCCAGCCCAGGCUUUUCCUGCUCUGGCUCACUGCUGCUCACAGAUAUGCAAAACAGAGACCUCCCACUCCAGCCGGCAGACAGGACCUAGCCAGCUGCACGCACGCAAGCACUGACUCAGCUGAGCCUCCUGGGCGGCAGGCAGCACCUGGCCCGGGUGCAUCGCUUGAGUGGCAUCUUCAGGACCAGUCAUGGAGCCAGGCUCAGCCGAGAUGCCGCGGCAGUUUCCCAAGCUGAACAUCUCUGAAGUGGAUGAGCAAGUCCGGCUCCUGGCGGAGAAGGUGUUUGCUAAAGUGCUCCGAGAAGAGGACAGCAAAGAUGCACUGUCCCUGUUCACUGUCCCAGAGGACUGCCCCAUCGGGCAAAAGGAAGCCAAGGAGAGGGAGCUGCAGAAGGAGCUGGCGGAGCAGAAGUCUGUGGAGACCGCAAAAAGAAAGAAAAGUUUCAAGAUGAUUCGGUCCCAGUCCCUGUCUCUGCAAAUGCCGACACAGCAAGAUUGGAAGGGCCCCCCGGCAACCAGUCCGGUCAUGUCUCCCACAACCCCUGUGGUCACUGGAGCCACUUCCCAGCCCACGCCAGCACCCUAUGCCAUGCCUGAGUUCCAGCGGGUCACCAUCAGCGGAGAUUACUGUGCCGGGAUCACUUUGGAGGACUACGAGCAGGCAGCCAAGAGCCUGGCCAAGGCCCUAAUGAUCCGGGAGAAGUAUGCAAGGCUCGCCUACCACCGCUUCCCGCAGAUCACAUCGCAGUACCUGGGUCAUCCGCGGGCAGAUACUGCACCUCCGGAAGAGGGCCUUCCAGACUUCCACCCUCCUCCACUGCCCCAGGAAGACCCCUACUGCCUGGAUGAUGCACCGCCCAACCUGGAUUACUUGGUCCACAUGCAGGGGGGCAUUCUCUUUGUGUAUGAUAACAAGAAGAUGCUGGAGCGCCAGGAGCCGCACAGUCUGCCCUACCCCGACCUGGAGACGUACACAGUGGACAUGAGCCACAUCCUGGCUCUCAUCACCGAUGGCCCCACGAAAACCUAUUGUCACCGACGACUGAACUUUCUGGAAUCCAAGUUCAGCCUUCAUGAGAUGUUAAACGAAAUGUCUGAGUUCAAAGAGUUGAAGAGUAACCCCCACCGGGACUUCUAUAACGUGAGAAAGGUGGACACGCACAUCCAUGCGGCUGCCUGCAUGAACCAAAAGCAUCUGCUGCGCUUCAUCAAGCACACGUACCAGACGGAGCCUGACAGGACUGUGGCGGAGAAGCGGGGCCAGAAGAUCACCCUGCGGCAGGUGUUUGACAGCCUGCACAUGGACCCCUACGACCUCACUGUGGACUCGCUGGAUGUCCACGCGGGCCGGCAGACAUUCCACCGCUUUGACAAGUUCAACUCCAAAUACAACCCUGUGGGGGCCAGUGAGCUGCGUGACCUGUAUUUGAAAACUGAAAACUAUCUGGGAGGAGAGUACUUUGCUCGGAUGGUCAAGGAGGUUGCCCGGGAGCUGGAGGAGAGCAAAUACCAGUACUCAGAGCCACGGCUCUCCAUCUACGGCCGCAGUCCUGAGGAGUGGCCCAACCUGGCCCGCUGGUUCAUCCAGCACAAGGUCUACUCUCCCAACAUGCGCUGGAUCAUCCAGGUGCCCCGGAUCUACGAUAUAUUUAGGUCGAAGAAGCUGCUGCCAAACUUUGGGAAGAUGCUGGAGAACAUCUUCCUGCCCCUUUUUGAGGCUACGAUCAACCCCCAAGAUCAUCGAGAGCUUCACCUCUUCCUUAAAUAUGUGACGGGGUUCGACAGCGUGGAUGAUGAGUCCAAGCACAGCGACCACAUGUUUUCUGACAAGAGCCCGAGCCCGGAUGUCUGGACCAGCGAGCAGAACCCACCCUACAGCUACUACCUGUACUACAUGUAUGCCAACAUCAUGGUGCUCAACAACCUCCGCAGGGAGCGCGGCCUGAGCACGUUCCUGUUCCGGCCGCACUGUGGGGAGGCCGGCUCCAUCACCCACCUGGUGUCUGCCUUCCUUACUGCUGACAACAUUUCCCAUGGGCUGCUCCUUAAGAAGAGUCCGGUAUUGCAGUAUCUCUACUACCUUGCUCAGAUCCCCAUUGCUAUGUCUCCUCUUAGCAAUAACAGUUUGUUCCUCGAAUAUUCCAAGAACCCUCUGAGGGAAUUCCUGCACAAGGGACUGCACGUUUCUCUUUCCACCGAUGACCCUAUGCAGUUCCACUACACAAAGGAAGCACUUAUGGAAGAAUAUGCCAUUGCAGCUCAAGUGUGGAAGCUGAGCACCUGCGACCUGUGUGAGAUUGCCAGGAACAGCGUGCUGCAGAGCGGCCUCUCGCAUCAGGAAAAGCAAAAGUUUCUGGGACAAAAUUAUUAUAAAGAAGGACCUGAAGGAAAUGAUAUUCGAAAGACAAAUGUGGCUCAGAUCCGGAUGGCAUUCCGAUAUGAGACCUUAUGCAAUGAGCUCAGCUUCCUGUCUGAUGCUAUGAAAUCAGAAGAGAUCACUGCCUUGACCAAAUAGGUCCAGCAUUUGACAUGCAUUUUAACUUUUUGGUUCAAUUUCAAGUCUGCUGUGGCUAAUAGUGGUCAAGAUUCUAAACUAGGACUUUCCUCUGUUAAGAGGAUGCCUCUGAAGAAAUUUUAAACUGGUGAUUUUGGUUGCACUGCUCACUUUAAGAUUUAACAUGCUCACUUGUAUUUCUGAGUAACAAGAUGGUGACUUCUCCUUGGGGAUCUGGGAGCUGAGCACUUGUCUAUACUUGUUCUCAAUUUUCCAAUUAUUUCUCUUGAAACUGCCAAUGCCUGAACUGUUGGGGCCAGGAUUUUCCACGGUCAGAUGCCAAGUAACAUGAGGUCUGUGUGGUUUUCUGCCAUACUUUUCUCCAUUGGCCCGAGUAGGCUUAUUGGUAGUUGUUCAUUUCAGCCUCUGGAUGGCUGGCUGCCUUAAACACAAUCAGUUUCAAAGCUCCAUUUCAUAAAAGGGCUACUUUGAGGGAGUUAAGAUGGAAGACUUCCUUCUUGA